AUGCCCCCAUCUAUAUGGAUGCCUGAAUACGAAGAGAGCUAUCGAAUCUCGAGGGAAAGAUUAACCAAUGUGCCACUCCGCCGCUUCUUCCUCACCAAGUCAAUUCUCUUUCUCAUUCGCUUCUUCAUCCUCCACCGCAGGAGGAAGCGGCGGCGCCACUACUACCACACCCUCCUUCGACUUUGGCUCUACACCUUCCUCCUCCGUAGCCUCUGCGCCGUCAUUUUCCUUCGGUUUUGGGUCCGCGCCGACCGCAUCUCGCUUGGCUUCUGCUCCAGCUCCGUCUCUGUUCAGCUCUGCUUCUUCGGCUUCCACUACGGCAGCUUCGAGUUCCGGUUCUUCCAUUUUCGGUGCCGCGAGUUCAGGCUCCUCCUUGUUCUCCACACCGUCUUUUGGUGGAACUUCCUCUGCCACGACGCCGUUUGGGGCAAAACCCUCUGCUGCGAUGAUACCGUUUGGCGGAGCAUCUUCUGCUUGACCCUCGCUAUUUGGUGGAGCAUCUUCGCUAUUUGGCCUUCUGUCGCACCAUCAAGCAACUUCACCGAUGCUCUCCCUUUGGUGAAGGACUGCUCUGAGAAUAACAAGAGGCUUAUUCACUUCUUUACUUGUGAAGUUGCAUUUAUUCUGCCCUGCAGAGGGUACAAGUGGAUGACUUUUGGAGAAACAGGUACUGCACGGUCAGCUAUAGGCUCUAGUCUGAUUUAUUAUGGAAUUCCAAAGGGAGCUUGCAUUGGCAUAUACUUUAUUAAUAGACCGGAGUGGCUCAUUGUUGACCAUGCUUGCGCUGCAUAUUUAUACAUAUCAAUGCCUUUAUAUGAUACUCUUGGUCCUGAUGCUGUCAGGUAUAUUGUUAAUCAUGCUGCUGUGCAAUAAUAUUUUAUGUCUCAAACAUUAAAUUCGGGAAGCAGUAAUCUUCAGCCCUUUAGCCCACCAAAACCUGAUGAUGUUACAACUAUUUGCUAUACAAGUGGUACAACUGGAACCCCAAAGGGGGCUGUCUUGACCCAUGCAAACUUCAUUGCAAAUGUUGCUGGGACCACUAUGGAUGAAAAAUUUGGCCCUUCUGAUGUUUAUAUAUCAUAUCUCCCUUUAGCACACAUUUAUGAGCGGACAAACCAAGUCAUGCAUGUACAUUUUGAUGAGACUCAGAUC